GCUCUGAGGAGAUAAUUUUUGUCGACCCCUUCACGUAGCGCUUGUGGGAUAGGUGGGAUAUGCUUGGCUUUGACAAGGACCUCAAUUGGUAUUGGCACGGCUCUGAACACACCGCGCAUUCCUUGAUGGAUAUAAAGGAGUGUUCGCAAGGAAGGAGAUUGGAGACGAAGACACUGGAUGUACUCGGACGAAGAUUGGACCAUGAGGCUGGUUCCAGUGCACCUACGGCGACACCUCCUCCCAUGUAUGAAUGUCGAGGAAAGGGGCGAUCAAGACGAAGAAAUGGAGGUGUGCGAUUGMUGAGCGAAGAUGAGGAAGAAGCACGACUCGUCAUGCUAUUAUCGAAGGCGAGGGACAUGGUUGCUAGAUCAGACUUCUUCCAAAAAUUCAGAGAGGAACUACAGCAGCUGAAGUUGUUUGGAUCUGUGGCUAAUCAAGGAGGGCAGGUUGUCUCCCAGCAAGGGGUGCUGGAGAAGCCGGCAGCAACUCUGUCAUCACUUUUGCCUUUGACUUCGACUGCAUCUCAAGCAGAAACCUCUCUGCAGGUGAGAUCUUGUCCUCAACAUGAUGAGCAUGAUUGCCAGAGCACGGAAACUCUGCGCACCAAGUCACUAGUUCGCGAGGAUUGUAAACGAGGGGCAGAGGCAGAUGAUGGGGAGAUUCAUCUGCAGGUUGAUGCGGAAUUGUGUGGGAGCACCAAUGCAGUAGACCUGCUKGGAGGUCCUUUGGUGAAGCAUGCCGGUGCAGGCAAAUGCAGUCGUGGAAGCAGUGAAAGAGCCUGUGUACAGAUGGCAAGAGAUCGGAUGGUUCUGCACUGCGGCGGCGAAUGCAGUGGGGCAAGGAAUGACAAUCCAUGUGGGGGGGAGAUGAUAGUGYGAGUUGCAUCAGCUCCGARUARCCUUUCCAAUUAUGAGAGCACUUCAAAGGRGCAAGUACUAGAGCCUGUAGACUUUCACGAGAGGGAGGGCGUCACAUCAAAGGGCAGUUUCAGUGUUGCUGAAGAUGGUGCGGCAUCCUUGCCCUCUGAUCACGCUGGGAUCGAGCUGAUACCUUAUCUUGAUGGGGAUGUACCCUGUUUGAAGGCUGAAGAUUGCUCUCUGAACAUGGGAAUUAGCGAUAACCAGCCCGAGAUUGUUGUCUAUGGAGUUGGAAGCAUCGCUAACGCUGAGGUGUCAAGAUGUCAGCUGGCGUUUGCUGCCCUGCUGGCUGCGGAAUUAGGGGUAAGACGGGAUGAUCAUGUAUCGAACUCUCGGUAUAGGGCCUCACUCCACUGCACAACACAUUCAUCAUGCAUCUGGAGCUCUGGUACUGGUCCCAGUGGUCCCGAUACAUUCUAUAUGUUGGAUCAGUCUCUGGCACACCUUCUCAAGACAAAAGAUUAGUAGCUGUUUGGGAGCAGCGGUUCAGUUUCUCGAGCCGUGCUGAGCCUUCGACUGCAUUUCUUCCAUCCACUUUCUCGUCAGCAACAAGCCUUUGAAGCAAAACAAGCCUUUGCCCAAAGUCGUUGAAAAUGGAAAGGCUGAAGGUGCUGUCAAGCACACAUCAUGCUGUCGUCAAGGAUUUUUUUACGAGUCGCAGAACCAACACGACUUACGGACAAUCCUACAUUAGUAGCAGUUCGGAUUGCACGAUAAAACACAGUUCUGUUG